UAGGCUGAUAGGAGAACGAAAUAGUUUUGAGUCUGUGUUCCUAAUUGUUAAUAUUUGACAGAAUGGACGUUUUCUGGCAACGAAAUCGGCAUCGACAUGACGGAAGGAGGGGGGGCGAGAAAGCAGGGAAGACUCCUUCCGAGGGGCACAGUUGCGCGCACGCGCAGUCGGCUGCGCUCGCGCCUCUAUUAAUUUUUUAUGGAAAAUGGCUGCGUUUUUCAUCCAUAGCCGCGGAGCCACAAGAUUAAAAAAAGGAACAUAAAAUAACUUUAUUUUUACGGGGUAUAUUUGGCGUUUUGAUGUUUGAUGAAAAGUCGGCUGCGGGAUGUGGUGACCCCCCCCCCUCCCCGAGAAGCAAGAAAGCGAGGAAAGGAAAAAAAAUUGACCCGUUUGCGCUCCGAGGGAUGAAAGAUCUUUUUUUUUUAUUUUUUAUGAGCGGGGGUGUGGGGAGCUCCCUGACUCCUUCCGCGCCGUCGCCAGCCGACCAUUAAGCAAAGAUGAUGCGCCAGGUGUCGAGCGGCGACUUCUGCAUGAACGCGCGGCCGUCUUGCUUGGCCGAGGACGCCCACCACCCAGCUGCGCACUUUGACCUGUGCCCGUCGCAGCCCAACAAGUUCUACCCGCCUCCUCCGGCGCCUCCGCCCCCAUCCCUCCAGAUGACGCUGGCCCCCAUGGCGCUGCCCGGCCCCGGGCUCAAGCCUAUGCUAUGCCCUCGACAGGAAGCCCUCGGCUCCGCCAAGCUCCCGGCCGAUAAAAGCGGCAACCCGUCGGCCGCACCGAACGACUGUAAGAAGAAGAGCAAAGGCGCCGGGAAGACGGGGCGUCGCGGGCGCCCCCUGGGUACCACUAAGUUGGCGGGAUAUCGGACCAGCACGGGGCGCCCGCUGGGCACCACCCGCGCCGCCGGUUUCAAAACGAGCCCCGGGCGGCCGCUGGGCACCACCAGGGCGGCGGGCUACAAGGUGAGCCCCGGGCGGCCCCCCGGUAGCGUCAAGGGCCUCUCCCGCCUCAACAAACUGGCAUUCGGGGGCACGUGCAGCGGGGCUUCUUUCCCGUACCCGUUGGCCCACAAGGAGAUACUCUGCGAACCCUCCAGCAAGGACAAGACCCCCGCAGAGGGAGGUAACCCCACCUUUAGUCCCAAUGAGGGAUGAUGGUUUUUUUUUUGUUUUGUUUUGUGUUUUUUAAAUCAGCCUUUUCUAUAAUCUCACAAACAAUAUUUCCUCACGCUUCAGACGGCGUUUUAAACUUAUUCCUUGGGGGGAAAAAAAGACUUUGUGGUGCCGCCACGAAUGUUGGAUUCAACAGUUUAGGACACUCAGAAACUUUUUUUUUUGGGAGGGGGGAGGAAUCCCGUUCAGAUGUUGACUAAGGUAGCAAGAUGUGACUGGAAGUUAGCUACAUGGACAUGGGAUGUAGCUUUUUUUUUUUUUUUUUUUUUUUUUUGGGAGGAAGGUUGUGGGGGGGUUCUCUGGUCCAGUGUGUGUGUUUGUAUAAUAAUACAGUAUUCCCCCAUAUAUUUGUAUUAUUUAUUUUUUUGUAGAGGCGGUGGCCUAUCCUCUAUUAUUUGCUGAUAAACUCAUUCAAUGUUUUUGUGCUCAGGCCAAAGUCCUCUCUGAUGGGAAAAAAAAAACAUUGUUUUGUCACCGAAAUGAAGUGAGGACCUUCAUUUUGACAGAAAACAAAGUAGUACUUUGGCACCACCUUAUGACAGGUGGGUAUUCACGGACAGCUUUUCAGGCUACAAUUUAGGCGGCCCAAACAACAGAAUUUACAUUUAAGUUAGCGUGACGCGAUAGGAAGGAACUGAACGGGUGUGCCGACGUGUAGCAUUUUGUUUUCGAUACCUUUUACGUGUUUCCAAUAACAAUGCAAGAAUGCAUGCGGGAGGUGUUACUCGAGCAAAAUAGUGGUAGAAAUACUAAUAAAUCUGUUACAUCAUAAUCAAUGUCACUAUAACCCCACGGACCACCGCUUGCACAUGUCGGAUUAUUAUUAUUAUUAUUAUUGUUAUUAUUAUCUGUUUGGCCAGUAAACAGUCAUCCGGUCAAUCAAAAUCAGACGGGAUUGGCUACACCUCUCUGAUGUGCGACUUUAUCUGGAAUGACUCAAAAUUGGUCGUUGCGAUGAUGAUGCAAUGUUGUGAGAAGGCUACAAGUUACAAAAACUUUUUUUUAAAAUUCUAUACCUUAAAAGGAAUUUAAAUUGUAUUUUUUUCAUUUGGAAAAACAUGUUUUGUAACUAUUAUUACUAAUCUGUGAUAUAAUAGGCGGCAUGGUAGCGCAGUUUUAGAGUGUAGGCCUCACAGUUCUGAGGACCGGGGUCCAAAUCCCGCCCCCCGCCUAUGUGGACUUUGCAUGUCCUCCCCGUGCCUGCGUGGGUUUUCUCCGGGCACUCAAAAAAAAAAAAAAAAACAUGCGCCAUUGAUUGGACACUCUAAAUUGCCCCUCGCUGCGACUGCGACUGUUUGUCUCAAUGUACCCUGCGAUUGGAUGGCGACCAGUUCAGGGUGUACCCCACCCGCCCCCUGCCCGUUGACAGCUGGGAUAGGCUCCAGCACUUCCCGCGACCCUCGUGAGAAUAAGUGGCUCAGUAAAUGGACGGACGGAUGUUAUAUAAUAGAAAGUAUUUUUUCUUUUCAAUCCAUUUUCAGUUCACUUUUUAUUAUAAUAACCUAUUAUGAGUAUUAUAAGAAUGAAUUGAUUGUUAAUAAAAAAAAUGUCAUUCAGUUUUUCAGAUUUUUUUUUUUUAUUCUUACUUUCUUUGACUGCAAGGAUGUUUUUUUUAUCAGUAUGAUUGAAAUUGUUACAUAGCAAAUUAUUUCAUUAAUUUAUUCUUGUACUUUAUUAUUUCUAGUCCUUUGGAAUUUUUUUUAUUUAAUUUUUUUAAAUUUGUUUUUUUCCCAGAGCUCUGUUCCACCACAUGCGCAUGCGCAAAUAUGAGCUGUUUUUUUAUUUUUUAAACGCUCCACUUAGGCAAGCUGAAAGCGUUGAACUGACGAGUCGAUUUUAUUCUCUUCUGGAAAGCUCGAAACUGACUAGUCGCUGGUGACUUGUUUUUGGCGUCUAGUUUUCUACCAAAAGCAUACAUGCAAUAUUAUACAGUAGUCGAUUAUGAUGUCAUUGUUCAUGUUCAUUUUUUUUUUUUUUUUAUGUUGCUUUGAAAAGUCAAACAGCUGACACGAUGACAUAAGAAAGCAAAAAAGGCUCUCCAAUUUGGCCCCGUUUGUGUUGGUACGCACUCCAGAAGUGUUCAUCUUGGUGCAGUAAUCUUGUCUUACGUAUUGUACUGUAAUACCUUUUGAUGGUAGACAUUUUUAGCGUUAUUAUUACACCAGUGUUUUGAUAAACGUGUACGCUGCGUGCGUGCGUCUGUGCGGCUCGCCUGGACCAAAGAAUAUGGACAAUGUCGUCGUCGUGCCACAUGAGCUUCAUUUCCGCGCGUUUAUUUUUCGUAGAAAAUAAAAAGAUAGCAAAAAGCACUUAAAGCGUGGCAUCAUCCCGUUGAAGCUGCGCGUGAUAUUCACUUUUAGCCACCAUAAUUUCACGUACUGAGGGUACAAAAAUGUAAACACAAUGUUCACGCUAGAUUAGUUUUUAUUGUUUUUUCAAAAUAUAAGUGAUGGUUAUGUAGCCACAUUUAAGUAAUGUUUUUUUUAAAAAGGUAAUAAAUAACCUGUUUCACGUUGCAAAUUUAACCCACAAAUACUUAUACUGUACAAGUGCAUCUUAAUAAAUUUGAAUACAGUUAAAAGCUGAAGCUGGUAUAUUUUCAGAAGAUGCUUUCCAAAAGGCCAAUUGCUACCUAAAUUCUAUCCUUCAAGCUCACCAAAAUUAUCCAAAACAAAAUUGCGAAACGUGUACAUGGAUUUUUACGCUAUGCACUUUUCAGCCGGGACAAGAGUAAACCACAAAUGCGACGGCGCGAGUCCUGAUGUCUGCCGCAGCUCACGUCCAGUCAUUCACACGUAGACUCGUUGAUGUCACACGGCACCCUUCCAGGCCCCGCCUCUUAAAGGCACAUGCACAUUCACGGACACAAAUGAAUUUACAGUAUUUUCUGUACGUUUCAUUUUUUUUUUCAAAAUACAUUUCCAAGGUAUUAUAAAACAUUUGAAAAGGUUUAAAUGUGUUUAAAGUAUGCGGAAGGGGUCAAACUUGUAAAUGUUUGUGAUGUGGCCUCUUUAUCGUGGUUAUUUACAUAUUGCGGGUGAGUCUGGUAAUGAUCCCCCACACAAUAUAUUAAUUUAUUCAGGUACAUACAAAAAGUGGUCCGCCCCAUGGUUUGGAAAAUACAAUAGUCAAAAGUCCUUGUCAUGCAUUAAAAAAUCAACAAAAGUCAUUCAAGAAUUUUUCUUUUUUUUUUUAAUGUCUGGAAGUUGCAAGAAAUUAGCUGUUCAUUUUCUUGUAUCACGAUGUAAUACACGCAAGCCAAAAAACGGGGGCCUGUUUUGUCAUUAAGGUCAUGAUUACAUACUGAAAUGUCACAAAGCAUGGAAAAUGAAUAGACUGUGCUCGGUUUGAAGUUAUUUCCUCUUGCUGCCUUCAUCAGUAUCACGUCAAGACCUGUAUAUACUGUCGACCAG